UAACUUAAUAUAGGAAUACCCGCCUAAUUAAUUUAAGGAAGCAAAAAUACUGGCCAUAUUAACUUUUUUCAAUUAGUCAUCGUUUAGUCAAAUUUGAAGGUUGAACUGUGUGUUAUGAGGUUAAAUAAAAUUAUUUAUUAAAAUACAAAUUACAGUGUUCCAAAUGGAUAACAUUCAAGCGCGUCACAGUUCGUACACAAACGCCUACCCUUCAGUAUCAGUAGAUACAAGAACAUUUUCUAAAUCGGAUAUGAAUAUGAGCAAACCUAAUUGCAGUAGCAAAUUGAACGAGAGCGACAUUUUCCGUGUCAAAAACAGUUGUGAAGAAUACUACAAAAGAUACGAAUACGAUAAGAUACCAGUUAAAGAACACAGCUCAAUUGACAACAGCUAUAAGGAAGACCGAAUGUCUGGCGACACCAAGGAUUCCAUAGCUAACUCAGAGCUUGAUAAUUUAGAAUUAAAAGUAUUAAAAAAUAUAUCUCACGAAUUUCAAUCUGACGACACGUCAAUUGAAAGCCUCGAGUCCAACAUUAAACUUUUUAAAUGUACUGUUCAGGAAAUAUUUGAUAAGUUCUAUAACAGUAUGAAUGAUUAUGAACUUUAUAAGCAAAGAUAUAGAGAGAUAUUAUCGAAAAAGAACGACUCUAUCGUGGAAAUGGAAAAUUUUAUUAAAAAUAUGAUUCAAAAUAUACUCUCCAUAUCUGAAACGUCUAUUGAUAAAAUUAAUACAGAAUCCAAUAAGCCAAUACUACCUCAGGGGAGUACUGCUGUUGAAACUUACAAAAACAAAAACUAUUCAUCUGAGUCGACUGAUGAUUCAAAGUGCAGAAAUAAAAAAGAAGAAACACUUAACAUUUAUCUUUUAAGUGUCGCUCCAUAUGUAGCUAUAAAAAUGAAUAAUCGCAAUCAGCUGUCUGAAAUCGAUAUACGAGAUUCCAGUAUGGAUGAACUUGAAGGGCAAUUGGCUUCAGCAGAAAAUAUUAAAAUGAUAGCAGCCAAGAAAAGACAACUGGAAAAAUACAUAACCCAGCAUAAUGUCCAGUCCAAUGACAGAAGUAUACCUAUAAAAGUAUCAUGCCCAAAAAAAGAUAUAUCACUAAAUGAAGAUUUUGCUAAAGACAACCAAGAAGAGAAUGUGUCACUUAUAUCUAAAAUUUGCAAUUACAUCUGCAAGAGGUUUCGCAAGACAUCUGACUAGUAAAAGUCAAGAUUUUCCAGUUUCUUUAUUUGAAGACUAGAUAUUACAUACAACAACUGACUAUUCAUUUUCUUCAAAAUUUAUUACAUAAUACCAUCUUAUCAUUGUUAUGUGCUUACACAAUUGUAUAGCAAAUUCCUUUUUCAUAUGGAGAAAAUCCCUUAUGAUGUCCAGAUCCAACAUAAUAAAUGCUUGGCCAUCUA